AUGAGUAAACCAAGUAAAGUAUCAGCAGAAUGGAAGAAAAGGGUGAAAUCGGAAUACAUGCGGCUCCGGCAGGCAAAGCGCUUCAAACGUGCCGACGAAGUAAAGGUUGCAUGGGCGCGAAAUUUAAGAAUUAUGUCCGAGGCGGUUGAAAACAGCGAAAAUGAGAGAUGUGAGCGUGGUAGGCGGCCUUACUGGCCAGAGCCAGGACCUAGCUCUAAUCACGAGAGCCUUAUGAAAAGAGCGGAAGUCUCGUAUACUGAUGCAUCAGGAGUGGUAUUAACACAACAAGUUCCCAUACACAUUAUUAACUCAGUUAAUCCAAUACCUACUAUGUACACCUGGGCUCCGACACAGAAGAACUUCAUGGUGGAAGAUGAGACAGUGCUGCACAACAUUCCCUACAUGGGAGAUGAAGUAUUGGAUCAAGAUGGAACCUUUAUUGAGGAGUUAAUAAAGAAUUAUGAUGGAAAAGUUCAUGGUGACAAAGAAGGUGGUUUCAUUGACGAUCAUCUAUUUGUGGAUCUCGUGCACGCUUUGAUGUGCUUCCAGACUAAAGAGGAGGUGGCCGAAGAGCGCACGAGACGUGAAUCUCUAAAUUCUAAAGAAGAUAAGGAUAAAGAAGCAAAAGACAUCAAGGAAAAAGAGAAGGAUGAAUCCAAGGAUGGCGAAAAAAAGAUAAUUAACGAGAAACAGUUUCCCAUCUUCAUAAUAUUUCAAGCUAUCAGCUCACAGUUUCCAGACAAGGGGACGGCACAAGAGCUAAGAGAAAAGUACAUAGAACUGACGUCCCGCAGCGACCCCAACGCCCUGCCCCCCGAGUGCACUCCGAACAUAGACGGGCCUCUGGCCGAGUGCGUGGCCCGAGACCAGACCAUGCAUUCCUUCCACACUCUCUUCUGUCGGAGGUGCUUCAAGUACGACUGCUUCUUGCAUCGUCUCCAAGCGUGUCACCCUCGUCCGAACCUCUCCAAGCGACGAGGUCCCGACUUAACGCCGUUCUCGGAGCCCUGCGGCUCCAAUUGUUACAUGCUGUUGGACGGAAUGCGUGAGAAGUUAGCUCGCGAGAAGGCCUUGGGUGAGGCCGGUGACGUGGAACUGGAAGACAAGAGCAAGGCUUUGGACUCCCCCAACGACGCCUCUUCAGAGGACAGCAAUGACUCCAACAAAUUUCAGAAAGGCGGCAACAGCAACUCUAGCAACAGCAACAGCAAUUGGGGCAACAAGAUCGCGACCGAACAAGACUCGGAGCCCGCUUACAAUGCGCUGGGUCUGACGCUGGGCGACAUUGACUCCGAGUGGACGGGCUCCGACCAAUCUCUGUUCCGCGCCUUGCACAAGGUGUUCGCUUCCAAUUACUGUGCUAUUGCUCAAGUGAUGCUGUCCAAGACUUGCCAACAGGUAUACCGUCACUGGACGCAGUCGGGUGCCCAAUGGUGCGGCGUAGAAGCGGAGAGGACUCCGCCCAGAAAGAAGAAGAAGAAGCACCGCCUGUGGUCCGUGCACUGCCGCAAGGUGCAACUCAAGAAGGACUCUGCCUCGCAUCACGUAUACAAUUACACGCCGUGCGAGCAUCCCAACCAGCCCUGCGACAACUUGUGCCCUUGUGUGCAGUCACAGAACUUCUGCGAGAAAUUCUGCCAGUGCAGCAGCGACUGCCAGAACCGGUUCCCCGGAUGCCGCUGCAAGGCGCAGUGCAACACGAAGCAGUGCCCGUGCUACUUGGGCGUGCGCGAGUGCGACCCCGACCUGUGCUCGGCCUGCGGAGCCGACGCCCGAAUGCCGUACUGCAAGAACGUCUCCGUGCAGAGGGGUCUCCACAAACACCUACUCUUGGCGCCGAGCGACGUCGCGGGAUGGGGUAUAUUCAUGAAAGAGGCGGCUCACAAGAACGAGUUCAUCUCGGAGUACUGCGGAGAGAUCAUUUCUCAGGACGAAGCCGACCGAAGGGGAAAAGUCUACGACAAGUAUAUGUGCUCUUUUCUUUUCAACCUUAACAACGAUUUUGUAGUGGAUGCGACUCGCAAAGGCAACAAAAUCCGGUUCGCGAAUCACUCCAUCAACCCGAACUGCUACGCGAAGGUGAUGAUGGUGAACGGAGACCACCGUAUUGGCAUCUUCGCCAAGCGGGCCAUACAGCCGGGUGAAGAGCUUUUCUUUGACUACAGAUACGGUCCAACAGAGCAAUUGAAAUUUGUGGGGAUCGAGAGGGAAAUGGAGUUCUUAUGA